GUGGCCGUGAUAAUGAUGGAAAACAAAACUCUGAAUGUUGUUCUUCUUGGAUUUGCGUUUAUGCUAAUAUUUACAGCAUUUCAAACAUGUACUAUGGUAGAGAAAACCGUGUUAGAGGGUACAGGUGUCGAUGGAUAUGUAAGUCUUGCCAUCCUGUAUGCUGUGUUCGCAGCGAGUAACUGGGCAGCUCCAUCCAUCAUCAGUGUCACUGGACCAAAAUACGCUAUGGUGUUUGGCGGCGUUGUCUACUGUAUUUUCAUUGGCCUGUUUCUAAAGCCAUCCACUUAUUCCAUAUAUGGAGGUUCUGCCGUUCUCGGUAUUGCUGCUGCAGUAUUGUGGACUGCUCAAGGUUCCUAUCUUACAAUCAACUCUGACAGUGAAACAAUUAGCAGAAACAGUGGGAUAUUCUGGGCAUUGCUUCAGUGCAGUCUGUUGUUUGGAAACCUGUAUGCAUACUUCAAGUUUCACGGGGAGAUCCACAUAGAUGAUUCCAGCAGAAACACACUCUUCACAGUGCUGUUGGUAACGUGCUGUGUCGGACUACUCCUCCUCCUUCUCCUGCGCAACCGGAGAGGUAUAGACAAUGAAGACCUGCUCAGUAUUAACGCAACGAGACCAGUACCAAACAGACCCAUGCAAGCACUCAAACGGUCCCUGGAGCUACUGCGUACAAGAGAGAUGCUGUUUCUAAGUGUCUGCUUUGCAUACACAGGGUUGGAGCUGACGUUCUUCAGCGGUGUGUAUGGAACCAGCGUGGGGCACACACUGCAAUUCGGUGAAUCUGCGAAACAACUCCUCGGCCUGUCCGGAGUUUUCAUCGGCAUCGGUGAAAUUCUAGGUGGCGCCACCUUUGGGUUGUUUGGAAAAAGGACCAAUCGUUAUGGCAGGGAUCCUAUAGUCAUGUUUGGAUGCGUCAUCCACAUGAUCUGUUUCUUCCUCAUCUACAUAAAUUUGCCUGGAGAAUCUCCUCUUCAGGACACACAAGCUUUGUCUGUGAUCACUCCACCAAAUCUGUACCUUGCAAUAGUGUGUAGCUUCCUCCUUGGCCUUGGAGAUAGCAGCUUUAAUACACAGAUAUAUUCGAUCCUAGGCAUGAUGUUUCCUGAAGACAGCGCCCCGGCAUUUGCUCUGUUCAAGUUCGUACAGUCCCUCGCUGCUGCUGCUGCGUUUUACUACAGCGGAUUUCUGUACCUGCCAGUGCAACUCGUUAUUCUGGUCAUCAUGGCAAUACUGGGAACGUUUCAUUACUACAAAGUCCGAAAUGCUCUGGAUCUCACCAGAGGAUACGCCUUGCUGUCAAAGUACUGAAGCCAUUUAUAUUGACAAUUUGAUAAGGAAUUAUCCAGGAGGUUUGCAAGGACUAUCUUUCCGUGUGAUAAGCACAGAACUACUAGUAAUGAAAACGUGAGAGAAAAUAGUAGGUUUGCAGAGAUCUUUUAUUACAAUUUCGGUUCAGGGUUUGAAUGAACAACCAAUUGACUAAAGUGAGCUCUCUGACUUGGACUAGGGAUUUGUAUAAUUUGUGUGUAACAAGAUGUCAUCAUCACCAACACUAACAUUACAAAUGUACUGAAUAACUGAGAAUGCCAAAGUGUCUGAAGGAUUUUAGCUGCUGCAGUAGUUUUAGUAUGGUAGUUCCAGCAUGAUUGGUUAUUAUACGUGUUCCCCCUGUUUCCGCCUAAUUAUCCAUGACAGCCAUGGCUAAGCACUCAGGAUUGCUACACAGUAGUUCCUGUCGUUCAAGUGUCACGUCUCGAGGCAGUUGCGCGUGCCGCUGCGUAGUAACCACUGAUUAUUUUCGGUAUUGAUCAGGCAGUGUACCAGGCAGUACUGGCUUCUAUACUUGUUAAACGAAAUUUGAAUCUUACCAAAGCCAUAUAUACGCGCAUGUAGUUGAAAGAUUGGCACUUGCGUACAGUCAACAAAUGUUGUUCAGUGUAAUUAUGGAUAGCGAGGUACAAAAAAGCGACAAAUAGUGUUCAACAUUCUGAAAUUUUCUCUCACUGCUUGCGAUUCCUAUCUGUACGAAAGGAAAAGCGCUCAGUGUUGAAAUUUAUGAAUAUCGUGUCAUAAUGACAACACAUAAGUUUAAACAUACAAAAUUAGUCUAAGUAGCGUUAAUGAAACGAUUAAUAUACGUGCACCCCUGCUAUGAACUGGCAAUAGCAUACACAUUUAUUGAUCCAAUUGCCCCCAUUCUUGCACACACGUUUUCGGAUAAACUUUUGUGUGCAAUUGAUUUGUAUUGACCGCGUCAAGUAAACUACCUUUCGUGAUUGCAUGGUAGUAGUAAUCCAAUUUCCCACGGGAAUAUAUAUAUAUAUAUAUAUAUAUAUAUAUAUAUAUAUCAAUGAUAUUUAUACUGUACAUUUGUAGCUGUAGUGUCUAUCAGUAUCCUCAAGGUGAAUAAGGUGUCAGCUGGUGUAAUCAUAAUUGAAGAGAAAUUAAUAUGCCUACGCAUCAUACUUAUGGCCUUUGUUAUUUUCGACACGAGAUAGGUAGCACUUGUGGUGUAUAUUUGAGAAUUCGAAGGUACGAAUUAAUGUGAAACAUGAAAUGUAAUGUGAAUGGUGGUAGUUAUAUUAUAUCAUAUAUAAUUAUUUAUGUAUUUAUAUACAGUGCCCGGGAUUUCCUUAUUUUUACACAUCGCGUAAACCAAACGUUUGCUUGAUUUUUGUACAAAAUUUAGAAUGGUCCAUCAAACCUCUCUACUCGUGAUUAAUAUGUUGAGCUCGGUAUUAAUUUGUCUUGAAUUACAACAAGAAAGAAGUUUAUAUAUCAUA